AUUUUUGAGUGAGAGCGGCGACCUCCUCUCUAUAAUUUGGAGUUUCCCUCCCUUUUCAAUUUUUGGAUCCUCUUUCUUCCCUCCCUUUCUAUUUCUAUCGUCUCUUUUCAGAUUUCGCCGCCACCCACAGACCCGAACCUCUAAAACAACUACUCCGGAAUUUGUCUUGGAGAUGCGGGGAAGACUGUGAGGACACCAAGGGGGAUCUUUUGUUAAAAUGGGAAAUUACUAUGACAUUGACGAUAUUCUUGCCGAGGAAGAGCUUGUCUCAGUUGUUUUCCAGAAAGGAGCAAAUGGGGUUGGAAUUGAUCCUAGUGCUGAGGCCUAUAGUGUCGAACCAGGUUCAAAGGUCAAGCUGCCGUUCUGGCUUGCUUAUGAAUUACACGCAAGACAAGUAGUAACGAUGAAGCUUCCUGCGUGUUUCAAUCAACAAACAAGGCUGGAACUGGGGGCUGAUGGAAAAGCUGUGGAUUUGAGAUCUCGAUGUCUAUACUUCUAUGAAUUUGGAUGCAAGAUAGCACCACUGGUUGGUGAUAGAGACAUGGGAUCAUUCCUGUUAUCUGCAUUCAGAAACAGGUAUCAGGAAGUCCUGGCCAAGGCACAUUCUGCAGCAUAUACAGCAGCUUCAAAACUCUUAACGCUCUUAACAAAAGAAGAAAUCAACUUGUAUGAGGCAGCUCAAUCCUCCAUGGCAGCCUUUAAGAAGUGGCGGAUGGGUGGCCCAAGAUUGCAGAGAGCUUCCGUACUUGGGAGGAAGAGGAAAUCAACUGACUAGUUGCGACCUUUACUCUGCUUCUUCAUCUUGUCUGACUCAUUAUAACAAUUUGAUAUAUUUUUCUGGUUGGUGUAUGAUUAUCAUUGUAAGUUUGUAAUAUAACUUCAUAAGCUCAAGCUUAGCAGGAGUACUUCGGUUGAGUUAAACUUUGUAAUGGCGGUUCCAAACAAGAAUACACCCUCUAUUCCCAACAUGAUGUUGGGGAUUUUGGUUAAA